AUGGCAAACGCUUCGAAGCGCGCACUGGCUGCGUCACAGUCGUCUCAGGCAUCUUCACAAGCCACGCCAUCUCAGCAGCGGCCUGCGAAACGCCCCCGUGUCGCACCUCCUCCCGCUUCCUCUCCCGCCGUUCGAUCAGGCGACAACUCGUCUUCACUGCCGCAAGAACCAUCGACCCUCGUCUCCCACGUACCAGAAACACCGUCGCAACCGCGGCCAAGCGGAAGGAGCGCGCAGGGGGAAGAAGCGGAAUCGCAAGACGGGCUUCCUCCCCUUCCCCCUCACAAGAAACGACAACGGAACGCAGGCAAGCUCCGCCGCCUUUCCACCGGCCAUCCUCCUACUACCUCAACCGCUAUACGAGCAAAGUCAACUCUGUCUGGGGCAAAGAUCGGAGGGAAGGCGAAGGACUUGAAGGACGGGGUGCAGACGGAGGAGAUCUGGGUCAAGCGGCAGAAGGGCGGGACGACGGGGCAGGGGCUAGGCUUUGCGGGGUACCUGAAGAUGGGUGUGAAGGCGUUCGUCGAGCGAGGAUGUACAACCGUCACUCUUCACGCCCUCGGAGCCGCCAUCCCCCUCUGUCUCUCCCUAGCACUCGCAAUCCGCGAUGCCUUGCCAGGCGGCGAGCCUCCCGAUCCUUACGCCUCUUCGGCAGACUCAGCCAGCGGCGACGAUAGCGGAAACGUUAAGAUGGAAGUCGUGACGGGAAGCAAGGUCGUGCAUGACGAGGUGACGCCUGAAGACGAAAACGAGGACCUCGUCUACCAGUCGCGCACAAAGUCGACAGUCUCGGUGACUCUCUCGCUGGCUGAGCCGCUCAAGUCUAGCCUGGGCAGCGCGGGUGCGGCUGCGAAACGAGGAGGAGGUGCGAGUCGAGGUCGAGGAGGGAGCAGUCGGCGCGGAAAGCGGAGCGGGCGAGGGCGGGGUCACUGA